AUGGAGAUUAAGAAUCCAGUUGCAAAAUUACAACAACAAGAAACAGUCGUACCCAAGAAGAAAACCAAUGCAGCUGAAAAUGUGUCAACGUUGGGGGGAUUCCUUGCUGGAGGAAUUGCAGCAUGUGGUGCGGUUACAUUCACUAAUCCUAUUGAACUAAUUAAAACAAGAAUGCAAUUACAAGGUGAACUUACUAAAGCAUCGAAAGAUGCCGUGAAAUUAUACAAGAAUCCAAUUCAAGCAUUUGCAGUUAUUUAUAGAAAUGAAGGUAUUGUUGGUUUACAACAAGGAUUAAUGUGUGGUUAUUAUUACCAACUAGGUUUAAAUGGUUGUAGAAUUGGAUUAUAUGAACCUAGUAGAUAUUAUCUUACAAAAUACAUUAAUCCAUCUAAAUUUGAUGAAUUUGGAGUUAUACCGCAAAAUUUACCGAUUAAUGUUAUGGCUGGGUUUAUUUCUGGUUCUGCAGGGGCUGUAUUAGCAUCACCAUUCUUUUUAGUCAAGACUAGAAUGCAAUCAUUUUCCAAGGCUGCCACAUCUUCCCUGGGAUUAGCAGUUGGACAACAAACAUAUUAUAAAAGUGCAUGGGAAGGACUUGCACAAAUCUACAAGGCCGAAGGUGUUAAGGGACUUUAUAGAGGAGUGGAUGCGGCCGUAUUAAGAACUGGUGCUGGUUCAGCUGCCCAACUUCCAGUUUAUAACUUGACUAAGAACUUUUUAUUGAAGCAUGAUCUUGUUGAAGAUCAUUCAAUUGGAUUACAUUUUGCUUCAUCUUCAAUGGCAGGAUUAGGGGUAGCUAUAGUGAUGAACCCAUGGGAUGUUAUACUUACAAGAAUGUAUAAUCAAAAGGGAAAUUUAUAUAGUGGACCAAUUGAUUGUUUUAAAAAGACAAUCCUGAUUGAAGGUCCUGGUGCAUUAUAUAAAGGGUUUUGGGCACAAUUAUUUAGAAUUGGACCACAUUCCAUUCUUACAUUAAUGUUUAUGGAACAAUGUAUGAAAGCAAUGGUUAAAAUAGAGAACCGUUUGGGAUUUUAA